GUAUAUCAAGAAUUCAAGUUCUUUGAGAGCGAAUGGUUUGUCUCGACUGCCAAUGGAUUCACAAUUGAAGGCACAAAACAACUCAUUAGCGAAGCUUUAAAGUUGGGACCCAUUGGAGGGGUAUUUCAUUUGGCGCUUGACUUGAAUGACUGUUUGAUGGAAAAGUUAACGUUUGAAAAGUUCUGUUCAUCUAUUGAUACAAAACACAAGAUCUUCACAAAUCUGGAUCAACUGACCCGACAAUUGGACUAUAAAUUGGAUUAUUUUGUUGUGUUUUCGUCCGUCACUUGUGGUAAAGGAAACGGCGGUCAAUCAAACUAUUCAUUUGGAAACGGCGGUCAAUCAAACUAUUCAUUUGGUAACUCUAUUUGCGAGCGUAUAUGUGAAGAGAGACGUAGGGAUGGUCUGCACGGACUCGCCAUACAAUACGGACCCGUCGGUGAUGUCGGGGUGUUUGAAGGGACGGAUCAGUUGCUAUUGUUAUCAACACUGAGGAAACAGCGAAUCAACUCGUGUUGCGAUGUUUUGGACAAAUUGUUGUCAAUUAAACAACCGAUUGUCACAUCUUAUGUUAAAGUGGACCAAACAAAGGAAGAGAGUAGUAGUCGAGGCAAACGUAUGAUCCGAGAACUGUGGCGAGCGUUGGGUAUCGACCCGGAGAUCACACCCAACCACUUGACUCUCGGCGAGAUUGGCAUUGAAUCCAUGUUUGCCGUUGAGCUGCAACAGGAGUUGGAGAGAGACUGGAAUAUGAAGGUAUCGCUAAAUCAGGUGAAAACCAUAACCAUCGGUAUGUUGAAGGACUACGAGGCCGGCCGAGUUGGGGAAAUCAAAAAGCAUCUAGAGGAUAUCCGUAAGGCCAGAGCCGCCUUUCUAAAGCUGAAAUUUUUAAUACCCACUGAAACGCAUACACCGCUCAACACUGACUACGAGGCCGGCCGAGUUGGGGAAAUCAAAAAGCAUCUAGAGGAUAUCCGUAAGGCCAGAGCCGCCUUUCUAAAGCUGAAAUUUUUAAUACCCACUGAAACGCAUACACCGCUCAACACUGUGACAAAAGGUACGCCCGUAUACUUCAUGCCACCCAUUUUGGUGUCAUUUGGCGCUAUGGAUGAGUUGGCCCAAAGGAUUAACCGCCCGUAUAUGACCGACGAGUAUAUACUCGAAUAUUUGCUAUCAUUCCUCUCGAACGCCAUUCCCGACUCAUUCAAAGAGAAAAUACUGCGCGACCUCAAGAAGGAGCAGGGGAUGAGUGGUAAGAUCAAGUUCAUUGUCAACGAGUUGGGCGACUUCGCCGGUAAAGGUCUGGUGGCCACUGAUAUGGAGGAUAUCUUUGAAGUAAUGAUAAACAGAAUUCAUAUGCUUUCAAAAUACCGAAUGGAAAAGAAGAAGAAGUUGUCCAACAAAUUGAAGACAACGAUCGGUAAGAAGUGGUCCAAAAAGACGGGUAAACUCGUCGUUAUUAAGCCGUUUCAGUUUGAAUUGUGCGAAGACGUCGACGAGACUAUGGAGAGGGCGCGCGACACUUAUUUUCUACCUGGAUCAAAUAAGCUUACCACC